UCACGGCGCCCAACGAUGACGUGUUCUUCCAGCGCCACGUCGUGAAGAAGUGUCGGCGCACUGGAGCGGUUGGAAGGUGCUGGAGGAGCCUGUCAAGGUGCUGGGUUCAAGGUUGCCUGGCUGGUGUCUAAUUGUCCUGUGCUUCUUCUGCUGGGGAAAGAACUAUGUCAUGGAUCAAGGAAGGAGAGUUGUCAUUUUGGGAGCGGUUCUGUGCCAACAUCAUAAAGGCAGGCCCAAUGCCCAAACACAUUGCAUUUAUAAUGGAUGGGAACCGUCGCUAUGCCAAGAAGUGCCAAGUAGAACGGCAGGAGGGCCACUCACAGGGCUUCAACAAACUCGCUGAGACUCUGCGUUGGUGUUUGAACCUGGGCGUCCUAGAGGUGACGGUCUACGCGUUCAGCAUUGAGAACUUCAAACGCUCCAAGAGUGAGGUAGACGGGCUAAUGGAUCUGGCCCGGCAGAAGUUCAGCCGCUUGAUGGAAGAACAGGAGAAACUGCAGAAGCAUGGGGUAUGUAUCCGGGUCCUGGGUGAUCUGCAUUUGUUGCCCUUGGAUCUUCAGGAGCUGAUUGCACAGGCUGUGCAGGCCACCAAGAACUAUAACAAGUGUUUCCUGAAUGUCUGCUUUGCAUACACAUCCCGCCAUGAGAUCAGCAAUGCUGUCAGAGAGAUGGCCUGGGGAGUAGAGCAAGGCCUGCUGGAUCCCAGUGAUGUCUCUGAGUCUCUGCUCGAUAAGUGCCUCUAUACCAACCACUCUCCUCAUCCUGACAUCCUGAUCCGGACUUCUGGGGAAGUGAGGCUCAGCGACUUCCUCCUCUGGCAGACCUCCCACUCCUGCUUGGUGUUCCAGCCUGUUCUGUGGCCAGAAUAUACAUUUUGGAACCUCUGUGAGGCCAUCCUGCAGUUCCAAAUGAACCAUGGUGUGCUUCAGCAGAAGGCCCGAGACAUGUAUGCAGAGGAGCGGAAGAGGCAGCAGCUGGAGAGGGACCAGGCUGCAGUGACAGAGCAGCUGCUGCAAGAGGGGCUCCAGGCCAGUGGGGACGCCCAGCUCCGACGGACACGCUUGCACAAACUAUCAGCCAGACGGGAAGAGCGGGUCCAAGGCUUCCUGCAGGCCUUGGAGCUCAAGCGGGCUGACUGGCUGGCACGUCUGGGCACUGCAUCAGCCUGAGGCUGGCCUCCUGCCACUUUGCCCUGCCCUCUAUCUCCAGGGCCCCACUCCCCUUUCUUUUCUUGGUGAAAGGCACCUCCCUCUUGAUGAUGAAUUGUGUUUCCUUUGCUUGGCAAGGGAGCCCCAAAGGCCAGGUCUGCUGGCCAUAGAUACCUCUGGGCUGCUUGGGACAGUGCCCUGGGGAGGGUUGAGGGUGAGAGGCUCCCACAAGUACACUAAACCCAGCUCUCAUCACCAAUAGGUUUGAAGAGCAGGAGGACCCGGCACUUCUGCUGCCUGCUCCUUCCAUCUUUUCCACCUCUACCAGUGCUUCUAGCUGCAGUUUCUUUUUCCACCAGCAUAUCCUUCAACACACAGAAUUUCAGAGAAGUCUCCCCAAAACCCUAGCCCUUUUCCCAUCCAUCUUAGCCUCUACAAAAGAUGUGGCUCCACCUUGGAUCUGCUGGUAAAUAGCUAAUAGACAGCCAGCAUUAUCUGGGCAAGGAAGGGGAGGGAGAGACAGAAAGAAAAUUUACCCAUCUGCUGCUCCUCCCCCUUGGCUCUCCACCUGGGAUUUGCUAUUGAAUCUCUACCCCCUCCCACCACGCAGUGCUGAUUGCUCACUGGAAGGCUCAGCACCCCCAAUGGCGCGCGGAAGCCAGGCGGGUGAUUACAAUCCAAUUACCUAUUGUCGACUCAGCCCACACAAGCUUUUCUCCUCCUCUUGCAGGGCAUGGGGCCAGGGCUCCACUCCCCUGUGAGACUGGCCCCCUCCAUGGCUACAGGGUAACAGAAGGCCUAUAGGCCCUGGUGCAUCUAAUCCAGCACAGGCUUCCUUCCCUGGAACACAUCAGGACCAAGAGCACAGAAACAAGCACUUCUCCCAAAUUACUGCCUCCUGCCCUCAGUAUCUCAGACUCUGCUUCCCACCUCCUCAGGCUUUGAGGCUUCUCUUGGCUUUUGACCUGGCCCCCUACGUAGGCCCUGAGACAAUUUAUUCUCAGCAUGGCAGGGUCUCAGCUUGUGAGGGCCAAGUCUGCCCAGCAGGGACAAGACGACCAAGUCAAGGGUUGUGUCCUUUCCCUUACCUCUCCCAACCAGGCCUCGCUGCAGAGCUGCUGAGAGGAUUAGUGCCUUUGAAGAGCUGUCUGCCUGAGCAACUCUGUGCUUCAGGUUCCCCAGAGCAGCGAGCACCAGCCAGUAAUAACCAAAUGCUACUCUGUUAAGUCUUCCCAUUUUACUUUCUGCAAACUGUUUCCCCAGCACCUCCCUCUAGGGGAGAGUUGGGGUCUUGCAAGCAGUGCUAAGAGCGUGCUCUAAAACCCCUAACUUCCAUAUACUCCAGUCUCCUCUUCCCCUUCCUGUGCCUGUAUACCUGGCACAAGAGACCCCUUAGCCAUCAUCCCUGCUCUUAAAAUCUAGCAUAAAUGCCAGACACUGCGAUUGAGAAGCCAAUCAAUGCACCCUUUGGCAGGUCCCCCAUGCACACCUGGCACUCCCCACUACCAAUCCCUGGCACAGGGUUCCCAGAGAGCAGGUGCUGUACAUUUUCCAGCUUUACAAUGGGGCUGUUGACAGCCUUAAUUAGGGAGGCAUGAAUUAUGCUGCUAUAAUGCAGAGCCCUACAAUUAAGGCGGGAAUGAGGGGCUGGAGGCAGCAAAUGGAAUCGGUCCUGUGAGCAUGAUUGUUGAGUCCUAUCCCCUCUGUGUGUCUGACUUUCCCUAAUACGAUCAGGGUAAGCAGAGGUGAUUAACGGGGCUGGUAUCUUUCUUCAGCCUGAGGACCUGUAUCCUGGGAAAGGUACAGAGUGGGGUGGGGUGAGGAGGGGCUGCCCCAAGAGGCACUGUAGGUAAUGGAAAUUAGUAAGGCUAAGGGAGCAUUUGCUGCCCAGGAACAGGGGCUGCAAAUAGUUAAUAUAAACUCAUUAUGGUUACUUUAUACCCAUGUGAUUUGUACAAACCAGCUAAACCCUUGCCUCAAGAAACUAGGUGGGUCCUAUUUAAAUGUCCUCCCACCUGUGAGUCAAGCCCCCCACUUGAGGAUAUUUAUCCUGUUCUUGUGUUCUCUUGGGUGUCAAAGAGAAUUUUAAAAAUUCUUAGAUGUAAAAUUUGUUUGCAAACAGUGCAACAGAAGAAGA